UUGUAUUACUUUACUCUUUGGUAGAUAUAGUUAAUACCUAUUACUGUGUAUUUGUCUUCGUGUCCCAAUCCUGUUUUUUUGUUUAGAAAUUUUAAAUGUUUUAUACUUAUUAAAAAGUCUACUGACCUACGUAUGAAUUAAUUGAUUGAUGAGCGAAUGUAUUACACAUAAGUUUUGUGACAAUGAGAUUAGUAAUCGCAUAUUUGUGUAUGGCUUGAUCGUCUGUCACGGCUGUUAAAUAGUGUAUCAAGUAUCUACAGAGAAAAGAAAGCGAAAAUGUCCGAGAUCACGGUCAGCAGUUGUGAUGUUUGAGUUUAGUAAGGUUUAUGUGACAGGCGAGGAAGAUGGGUUGUUGAUGUUCACUGAGGUGAACGAAGUUCGUUUCGCGUAGCUACAAUCAAACGUCAAGCCGUUCGUCACAUACCCGCAACCGAGUUACCUUACAUACGCACGUCUUUUUUGUUAUUCAUCAUGAGUUGGUUACAUCGUGAGUUGGAGACUAUGGACCCUUCUAUUUUUUUACAAUAUUCCCCUCCUACAAAUGGGCUUCCUCAGGAGUCGAAGUUGGCGACCUACAUGAAUCGGUCCACUUCGACUCCAACAAGGUCCUUGAACCAGGCCCUUGGAAAACUUAGUUUGGAGUCUUCACCAACAGCCAUUAAAAAGGUGGUGAUCACUGAGUUUGUUCCCAUGAACUAUUUUGCUCAGCCCGCCAUUCUGCCUGAAUCCCCUGAAAGCUCAUCACCUUCACAAUUGUCUGGUGUCCCAAACACAUCACAAGUGCAUCAGGAAAAUGUUGGUGGAACUACAUACUUCUACUCAACAAACUCAGACAGUCUAAACACAACCGGAGCACUUAAUUCUUCCACUUCCAUUGGUCCUCCGGAGGCAUGUAUGAGUGGGGCGGUCGGCGCUGGUGCAGCGUCGCCUUACGCAACACAGAUAUACUCGGGAACACCCACACACAUUGGCCCCAUGACUUCCAAAUCAGGUCUCGCCGCAUCGUUCUACAUGCCAGAAACGAUCCGGUCAGAGAUAUACGAGAGGAAUGACGAUGUGUUCCUGCAGACCGACCCUCGACAGUUCCCAGAUUUACCUGAAAACGUCGAGAUGUACUCGGAACUGAUCCCCCUGGAAGGAUCAGCGCCACAUUCGAUCGCGACCUCCUACCGCGCGCUACACCGACACACGGGGGAACAGUACGCGCUGCGCCGCCUCCACUCCUACACCACAUCAGCAACGAAACGUCUGGAAAUGUGGAAGCAAAUCGACCACCCCAACAUAGUUAGGUUCCACGACUGGUUCACGACCAAGGCUUUCGGAGAUCACUCAAUGGUACUGGUAUACAGCUACCACCCCGCCUGCGUGACCCUUAUGAACAAGUACCUGUCGGGCGGCGGCGGCACCAACUCGAACGACGCGAACGGCGCAUUCCACGACCCCUUCUCCUCCGACCCCGAUGCGCCACGGCCCUACACCCACCAGAAAAAUGCCAUGCUUCGAGCCGUGGCUAGCGGAGCGUUGCUGCCCGAGGCCGUGCUGUGGAGUCUGCUGGUGCAGCUGACGGCGGCACUGAGGGCUGUUCACACCGCUGGACUCGCUUGCAGCUUGGAUCCAACGAAAGUAGUGAUGAACGGAUGCCGCGUGCGUAUAUCGUGGUGCGGCGCGAUAGACGCCCUGCAUGCAAACACUAACGAUAUCGGACAGGCGCAGCAAGACGACCUAACUGCCCUGGGUCGCCUAGCGCUCGCUCUCGCCUGCCGCACCAUCCACUGUGACAACCUCGCCGCUUCCAUGGAACUCGUCGCCCGAACAUACUCCGCCGACCUUAAGAACCUCAUACUGUAUUUAUUAUCGUCGUCGACCGCUCGCCGCUCCGUCACUGAUCUCAUGCCGAUGAUAGGUGCGAGGUUUUACACUCAGGUUGAGGCGUUGGAGCGGCGCGCGGAUGUUUUCGAAGACCAACUGGCUCGCGAGAUCGAUAACGGAAGACUGCUACGCAUACUCAUCAAAUUAGGGGUUGUGAACGAGAGACCUGAGUUGAAUUUAGACGCGUCGUGGUCGGAGACCGGGGACCGUUACAUGUUGAAACUGUUCCGCGACUACCUGUUUCACUCGGUGACGGCGGACGGGCGGCCCUGGCUCGACCAAGCGCACCUCGCGCACUGCCUUAACCAGUUGGACGGCGGAACGACGGCGAGGGUGGAGCUGAUGUCCCGCGACGAACAAAGCGUCCUGGUGGUGUCUUACGCGGAGCUGAAGCAUUGCCUCGAGCAGGCCUUCGACGAAGUGAUGCAAGCGGCCGCCGAGGGCCCGUAGCCGCCGCCGUCCGCGUACGCCAGCGGCGGCUACACAUUGCAAUAACACAAGUAAUAACGUUACAUGCUGCCUUCAUCGAUGUCGCUCUCAUGUACCGGCAUUCUCCACCUGCGACCCACAAGAACACGAUUCACCUCAGGCAAUAAUUAACAUCGAAUCGUAUUGACUGUUUACCGUCGGUCGCAUGUCCAGAAUCCCUCUAUGUGUAAAUGUGUGUGCGUUUUUGUGCAUUCUAUGAGGAUGUUAGUAGUAUAGAAAAGCAGUACAUGUUAAAGUAUAUUGUAAUGUGAAGCCGCCGCCACGGUGCGCGUUCAAUUCUGUCAUCCGCGAAGAAAAUAUUUUUGUAGGUGCAUCGCGACUUCUGUGCUGGUUUCGUACAAGUUAUAUUUGAUGGCAGUUAUUGAAAUAGUGGCGAUAUAUUUGUUACAUGAGCCCCUAUUGGGGUACCAUACAUCAGUGGGAUUACCAGAACUAGCAAACUCGAGAAGAGGAGGGCUCGCGCAGCCCUAAUAUUUGCGGCUCGAAAGAGCCGUCACAAUAUGUAGAUUGCUUUUCAAGGACAAUUCCUGACUCUGGGUUGUAACGCGAUCUCAUUUCCGAAGCGGUCUCGAUCCCUAGGACGCUUCGCUAUAUCUACGCCACAUUACAAAUGAUUCGAUAUUUUUAUAAAUGUGGUUUUUUAAACGAACACUACACGCCCACUUGAAGCUUUAAGUGUCCGAUUAUAGUUUUGUAUAGGGCCUUAUCGAUGUACCGUUACGAUCAGCCGCCUGAACAAACGCCACAAACAUUCCAAACUAACUACAACAAAUGAUUGGAGCGAUCAAAUGACUGUUUUAAAUUCUGAGCAGUUGGUACUGUGCGGCGCGGCGAGCCUCGUCGCGGCGCCGCCCUUAUGUGUAUCGAAAGACAAGCUCACACACGUGGUUUUGAUAAUUCAACUCAGAAUCACCUUUUAUACGGCGUUUUUAUAAAAUAGACCGUUUGAUUUUAUUCGAUGCCGUCGCGAUGUCUGCGCACAAUUAUCUGAAACCACUUGUGUAAACGUUGUAAGCGUAGUAACUGUUACGUCACGUAGAUCUGAAUUUGUAUGUCGCGGGAGGGUAGGGAGGUGCGGUCACCCGGGUCUUGAUGUUAAGCGGAUCAAAGAGAUCCCAAUAAUAAAUACAUGGCAAUAAAUAACUUUUUAUAUGGCCGCGGAACUGCCGCAAUCUUACCCUCAUAAUAAAUCAAGUUUGCAGUUAUAAUUUUGGUUAUUUUCCUUGGCACGACUGUUGCCACAACCUGUCCGCCAGCGUGCCCAGCAACGCCACAACUCUACAAACAUUGCUAGGCACGCUGUACUGCCUAUGGGUUCCGCAGAUACAUGCAUCAAUCUAUCGAAUUUAUAUACAUAAAUUAAUAAGUAUCGAUCAAAUUAUGGUAAAUUAUUUUAAAAUUUAGUCAACGCUAUUUAUAUAGAUGUUAAGCAGGGUAAGAGAACAGAGCUUGGCUAAGUUUUAACGUUUUAAAUUAUUUUGCUAAGCACUAUUUCAAUUAAGUAAAUCACGCUCAAAUCAUCCAUCCUAUUAUUGUGAUCACCCAUAAAUGUAUUUAAAUAUAAAUCAAUACGUAUUUUUGGAAUGAUGUACCAGUGUCUGCGGAAACCUUAGAACUUUUACUCCGGGCAAGCUUUUUGUUUCAUUAACUACUAGGGUAGCUUUAUUUUAUCUUUUUUUGUCCAAUUUGGAAAUUUUCAAGUUCCAAUGUAUUGGUCAAUUUUGCGGUCUUGAAUGGUAAUGAAUUAUGUGUUUGCAAAUUCCGAUCUAUGUAGAGAUGGACACGAGAAAUAAAAAUAUUUUGAGAUAACUAUAAGUGUAUAUUUUUUUCUAACAAAUAAAACGUUUUAAUUA